AUGCACGACACGAAUGCCUUUUUCAAUGACCCUUCCGGACCACUGCCGCGUCUUGAACCCGAGCAGAACUUGACAACACGUACAGCAUACGUUCUGUUUGCUUAUCAUGCCUUCCCUGCUCUCAGAAGCAAUCGCAUGCCUCAGCAUACAAAGGGCAACAUCGUUGACGGUGCUGCAAGCUGGGGAAGAUAUGAAGAUGCCCACAACACAAACCGCAACUUGACCAGCGGCCUCGGUGGUUCUGGUGGCUAUAUCGCUAACGUACCCGUGUCUGCUUUCGACCCCAUUUUCUGGCUGCACCACACGUAA